CAAUCAAUUUAAAAUUUUCUUUUUCAGAUUUCAGACAUAGCAUUUUACAUAUUGAUACUCUUUGCAUUUUGCUUUUGGAAACUCUGACCUGUCCAAGAUCAACUUUGUUUCAUCUGAUUAUCUUUAACAUUUCAAUCACCAACGAACGGUAAGACAAUCAAAUAUUAUUUCUACACAGAUGCUAACUUGUCUUCUUUUUUCAGAUUUCGUAAAUCUGCGAAGAGUCUCUCCAAGCUUAGGUCCUUGUCUUGAACCUUUCUGUUUAGAACCUAGAGAUUUGCAAUCCUUUAAAAAAAUGGCUUCAAGGUUUUCCCAAAUCGUUUGCGAUCCUCAGAUUCAACAAAGGCGCCACGCUGCUUUCCAAGAAAAACGUGCCCGCUUUGAGCGUCGGGAAGCUACAAAAAAUGCGUUUUUGUCCUCGCAGUUGUUUUCAACAUUGUCUCACAAUUCUGUUGGACAAACCAAACGAAAACAAGUAUCCGGUCACCUGAAGAUGUGGAUCGAAAAAGCGUCGUGGUCGAAAUGUGACAAAUGCAUUUGCCUGUAUUCUUAAACCAAGCUUUGCAAAACGGAUUGUCGCAACCAGGCCUACUUGCAAUUUCUGCCCGAGCGAGCGGUACACUGCUCCAAAAAUAUCUGCAUGGCCCAAGUGCUUGCGAAACUUCAGUGAAAAAGAACACAAUAUCUUGUCACCAUUCACCAUCGACUGCGGCCCUUACUCUAAGAAACAACACGGGUACCGCGUCAAAACAGGAGGAAUCCGGAUCAUUGUAAAGUCAACAUCAGUUUCACACACCAUUUCGAGUCUUCCCGAUAAUCCGUCAAAAUUGCGACUGCAACUGGCGUACGAGCAUCUCUACUGCGCACUUAGUUCCUACAAAAAGUACAUUCAUCAUGCCGGCACUUUGGACAGUCAAUUCUUCGACAUGUUUCAAAUGCAGGGAAUUGAAUACGCAUUGUGACCUAUUUUGUAUCCUUUCAAUAAUCUGUGCGAGUCCAUCUCAACACGUCAAUGCGAAGCAUGCGUUCACGCAAAAAGUACUGUCAUCAAUCAUUGAUUACAGUU